CACAGGGCCUUGCCAACAGAGGCCCUAUGUCGACACAGGGCUACCUCACCGCUGCGCAAACGUGUCGUUUCCCAUGGUGCCAGCCUCACGGCAAGAGCGGCUGCGGCAGCGGCUCCUUGCAAGGCCUCCUUCAGCCUCUGCAGCUCCAAAGCGGCCCAAGCUUGAGGAGACUGGAACUCCAGCGCCGGAGGAGGCGGAGGCCUCUGAGUUCCUGGCGGCGGUGAAGCGACGGCUGAUGGAGUGGGGCCAGGAAGAGCAGUACCACCGCUUGGUGGUGGCUUUGAGUGGACCGAUGGAUGUGAAGUUGGUCGUGCAACUUCUGCAGGGCCAUGAGGACCUCCUGACCGUCUUCCGGCGGCGCUUUGCACCCGCCACGUGGUGCCAGGGCUUGGCGGACUCAGUGAAGGAGGAGGACGGGCCCUUCAUGGCCCCUCCGGUGGAUUCGCAGGAUUCACCAGAUGACCUCCCUCGGCCACCAGCAUUCCCUCCUGGGCAACACGAUGCUGAUGAGGAGGAGCUGCUUCACGAAGCAGCCAUAGCUGCUGCCAUCCAACACGGACCCCAGGCUUGCAUCAGACAGUUGGUGCACCUGCUGGGUCGACACACGGAGAGCACCGCGGCGUUCCCGCCGUCGCUGCAGCGCUUCGCCUCCCAAGUGAGCCGUUCGGCGCGGGAGAAAGCUCCGGAGCUGGUGAUUUUGCGCGGCUUGCCGGGGAUUGGGAAGAGUGCAUAUGCGCUGGAGACUUUGCCGCUCGGGUUGAGACGUGAACGCACAAAUCGUGUCCCGCUCGGUGUUCAAGCUGAACAAAACAGGACGCGGGCGAAAGAAGGAAAAGACGCUGCGAAAGAAAAAUCACCCUGGGCAGCCACGACUCCUGUCUCUCCUUGUCUGGAACCACUGCCAUCUCUCCGCCACCGGUCGUGUCGCCGCAAGAAGAGGCGCUCGAUGAGACCCUUUGAAGCGGAAGAAGAGGCGCUGGCGCAGAUGGUGCACAUCUGUGCGCAGGAGGAGUUCCUGAAAGCCUAUCGAGGUGAAGAAGCUCAACUGGAGAAAGCAUUGCAACGCAACGAGCUUCGAGCGCUUUUGGCCAUGGAAGCCCAGAUUGAUCCAGUCUUCAUCGAUUGCCCGAACCUUCGUCUCUGGGAGAUGAAACCUUACUUGCUGCUGGCUGAGCGCUUGGGCUACGAAGUGCAUGUGGUUGAGCCCUGGGAGAUCUGUACAAAGCAUUCAGAUCUGGGCUUCUUGUCCAGCGUGCAUCGGACAGCUGCGCGCAGAGAAAGGAGGACCAUGCUGAGCCCGCGACAGCUGCAGGGCUUCCUGAAGGCCUUUGAAGCCUUGCCGACCGAUGAGCCAUUGGAGGCGAUCCGAAGGGCGCCCUCGGGAGCUGGGCAGUUCGUGCGAUGAGAGAAAAA